AUGAGACCCGUCGGAAAUGUGAAUGUUCCUGCCAAUUGUAAGGAGAGGUAUUUCCUACAAAAUAAUGGUUGUUGGGAUGAAGAGAAGCUUAAUACGUGUUUUAGCCACGAUGACAUCUCUAACAUUUUGAAAAUCCCCAUGAGUAGGAAUCUGCCGCCGAAUAAACUAUUCUGGACGCUCACUAAAAAUGGAUUUUACUCAGUCAAAUCCGGUUAUCAUCAAGCUUGUAAAUCCUUGAGCAGGAAUCAGACUUCCUCUUCCUCAAGUAGAGCGUGUGACAUUUUGUGGUUGAAGAAUUCCUGCAGCCUCAAAGAUUUGCCCGAGAUGCGGGACUGUCGAAGAAACUCAGCUCUAUGCUCUAAAGGAAUGCAAUGUUGUUGGGGGCUAUGGCUGUUGUCACCUUUGAAUACCAGAGUAGACCUGUUUGUUUGCAGCAACAUGACAGAAUGGUUACAUCAUAUUUUUAACUCCUUGAAGGAUGACGUUUUGCACGUCUUGAUUUUAAGUUUAUGGACCGUUUGGACUAACAGAAACAACCUCAUCUUUGGUAAUUGCAAAUUCCACUCGAAGCUCUAUUUUGCCAUGCUAUUCCCAUGCAACGAUGGUUCAGCUUCUGAUCGUAUAUCCAAAGCUAUCCAGCCUGCUGUUGACUUGUGUUGGAAACCUCCUCCAGUGAACUCGAUUAAGAUAAACAUUGAUGCAGCUAUUUCUUCCAGAAUUAACCUAGUAGUGGUGAGCGUGGUGUGUAGGAGCUCUUCUGGUGCAGUCAUCAGGCGGGGUCUUAAGGUGAUGAACUGUUUAACUGAGGUGGAUACAGCUGAAGCACAAGCUCUUCUUUUUGGUGUACUCAAAAUUCUGAAACCUGAUGAAUCCAUUGAUCCCAUCCAGCUGAUUACCGACGAUUGUGUUGCUCUUAUGACUGAUCGGAGGGUUCAUUUUCAGCAUGUUCGAAACCAGUGUAAUCAAGUUGCACAUGCCUUAGCUAAAUGGAGUAUUUGUAUCGGUAAAGAUUGUAUAAUUGACGAUAACUUUCCGUUCUCGGUCAAUGAACUUGUUAAUUCCUUUUGA